AUGGCGCCAGCGGACCACCCUUACCAGAAACUUGACAUCGACGAGCGAGUCAAGCGAGUCCUCCGCGAGACGCCCCUCAUCGAUGGCCACAACGACCUGCCUCAACAGCCGCGGGCGUGCUUCCGCGGCAGGAUCCACGACAACCCCAAGUUCGACCUCGCGAAUGGCUUCGAGAGGGGCAUGACGGACAUCCCCCGCCUGAGGGAAGACCGCCGUGGAAACCCCACUUACACGGCAUGUUCGCAAGGCGCCGUCGGCGGCCAGUUCUGGUCCAUCUGCGUCCCCUGCCUCAGGUCCGCCGAGAACUUCUCCACCCCGGAGUACUCGGACAUGGCGCGCGACGCCAUUGAGCAGAUCGACCUGACGCUGCGUCUCGUCGAGUCCUACCCCGAGACGUUCGAGCUGGUGCAGGGGCCGGACGACGUGAAGGGCGUCUAUGAGUCGGGCCGGAUCGCUUGCUCCAUCGGCAUCGAGGGACUGCACAUGGCUGGCAACAGCAUUGGAAUCAUCAGGGCGUUCUACCGCCUGGGAGUCAGAUAUGUAAGUCGGGUGUACCUAUGCACGAGACUCGUGGGUCAAGACGUUGACUUUUGCGAGUGUACCCUCACCCACGUCUGCAACAACGCCUUCGCCGACAGCUCGACGUCGAAAAUCGGACCGGUUCACGGCGGUCUGUCGAAGCUGGGCCGCUCGGCGGUGGUUGAGAUGAACAGGCUAGGGAUGAUCGUGGACAUCUCCCACGUGUCGGAAGACUGCGCCAAGCAGGUCCUCGAGCUCUCCCGCGCGCCGGUCAUGUUCUCCCACUCCAACGCCAAGGCCGUCUUCGACUGCCCCCGCAACGUGCCGGACCACAUCCUCGACAUGGUCCCGGCCAACGGCGGUAUCGUGAUGGUGACCUUCGUCCCGGAGCACGUCGCCGCCCGGCGGAGGGACGCCCGGAUGGACAUGGUCCUCGACCACCUGUUCUACGUCGCGGAGCGCGUCGGUUGGGACCACGUCGGCCUCGGCUCCGACUUUGACGGCAUCGCGUCCGUCAUCCCGGGUCUGGAGGACGUGAAGUGCUACCCGGGGCUGCUGCGGGCCAUCCUCGACCGCGGUGCGACAGAGGCGCAGCUGGCCAAGGUCGCCGGCGAGAACGUCCUGCGGGUCUGGCGCGGCGUGGAGAGGGUCAGGGACGAGAUGAAGGCCGAGGGGGUCUUGCCGGUCGAGGAUGUCUGGGAGGACCGGACUUGGUGGAGGUACGAUGGAUAUUACCAGAUGCCCGAUCCUGACCCGGAAGACAAGCUGGGCCUGGACUGGUAUGGUGUUCCACCCCCUGAUGAGGGCCUGUAUCUUGAAGACAAGUAG